AUGGAAGAUCAUACUGCCACAUUUCUUUGUCUCACAGAAGCAUUUCCCACUGCAACUACAUACAAAUGGUUUAAGGAUGGCACUGAGAUAUCCAAUUCACAAGAUUUUGAAACUUUGAAAAUUAGCGAUACAGAAAGCAGACUGAGGAUCAAGAAUGCUAAGAAGGGAAGUGCUGGGCAAUACUCGUGUGAUGGUACAAAUGCAGUAGGAACUGGAGAUAGAAAAUCUGCUUUCUUAUUGGUCAACUGUAAGUUAUGUUAAUUGUUAUGAACUGGACCGUGUUGUAAAUUUGUGAAAUAUGUUUGCUGAAUUUGCUAUCUUGUGCAAGUCAUGAUACUGGUUUAAUUAAAAUUUGAUGCCAAUGGGUGCUCUAGAGUAGCAGGCAGAGAAGGUCUGGAGAGCCUCUUGUUGCCAAGGGGUUCUGGGCUGCUUUGGAAAAUUUGGGGGUGAAGGCCCCUGCAGUUUCAUUUUCCUGCAUUUUUAGGUUUGAUCCAAUUUACCACAGUGAUUAUAUUUAGUGCCCUCCUUCCAAUAAGGGGCAACAAGUACCACUAUUCUAGUCAGUGCCCAUUUUGAGUAAGCACCCUCAAUCCAGUGAGGACCUUUUCAUGAAAAACUCCCCUAUUCCAAUAAGUGCUAAGUGCCCCUAUUCUGUUUCAAUGAUGGCAAUGUUAAAUUACAUGUGAAUUGAGAUCGACCAUGCUUCAUUUUCCUUAAAUUGCUUAUGUAAAGUUUCAUUACAAAAAUAUUGGUCAUCUACUCAGUCUCUCAACUAUUAUGUCCAUGUGAGUACACUGUUGUUCAAAGUAAUGAGGCUGUCUCAAAAUUUCUCAGAGAUUGCAUGGCUGGUUGUUCUGGCCAGGAAGGAUCCAAGGAAACAAGCACAUUUUUUUCUUGUGUUGUUGAUCCCCCUGAAAUAAAUAUCACAGUUUUGUUUGGCACACUAUGUUGUUGUUCCUCAAAAGAGAAAUAAGCACCUUUUUUCUUAUAAGCACUCUGUUCUGAAUAAGCAUCCUCCCUAGAGGUAACAAAAGUAAUAAGCACCGCAGGUGCAAAAUCAAACCAUUAUGGUAUGUUGCAAUGUGCCUAGAUAUGAGUUAAUUUGAAGAUAAUUACUGUACCUGUACAUGUAUAUUAGGAGGACAACUUACAAAUUUGUGUGAAGGCCACAAGCAGGUAGCUACAUGUAGCGCAUUUUAUUUGGGUAGGUCCACCCAUUGCCCUGUUACUUUCGAAACCCUUGCAUGAGAUGUUCCAUGUUUGAAGUAUUUCUGGGUUGCUGCAUGCUAUAUUGUGUCUUUUGUUUUUUGUAAGGAUAGACUGGUACACUGACAGGUGUAAGCUCAUACUGCCUCUUUUUCAUCCUAGAUGCACCUCAGCAAGUCACAGUGAAUCCAAAUCCAGCAGUUGUGGAACUUGGUCAAAGCUUAACCCUCACAUGCCAGGCUGAUGGAUUUCCAAAACCCUUCUACUCAUGGAAGUUUAAUGGAGGAGCAAUUGGAGACUCACAAAACACUUUGCAACUUGCAAGUGCCCAAGUGUUGAAUGCAGGGAACUAUACAUGUGUGGCAACAAAUACAUUUGGUAGUGCUCAGGAAACAAGGCUGGUGAAUGUGAGAUGUAAGUUCAGUACCAUGAAGAACUUUUGAAGUUUGAAACAGACUUUCAUAUGAUGCAGGUUAAAUUUAUUUCAAACUAGUGUGGUACAGUGAAAAAUUUUAAAAUCAUGUUGACCUGAAAGUCAUUUGAGAUGACAAUUUAUAAAUUCACAUUUUACACCCUGUUAACGUCAGUAUAUAUAUUCUCCAUACUGUUCUAUAUACAUUUCUUAAGGUUUUGAUAAGGAGAGUUUGUCAAACAAUCAAGAGCUUCUUUAGUUGGUGAUCAUUUGCUUUCUUCUUGAGACCUUAAUGUUUGACUCAGGGGUGAUAUAAGAGCUAGUCACUCUUAGGGGUGAAAGGGUGAAGGUUACUCGUUACUUCUCUUGGUAAUUCGUUAACUAGAUGAUAUCUUUCAUAGGCAUCGCUCUAGUGGAAAUAUCUUUCAUUUUGGCUGAAGCAUACACAUUCUAGAAAAAGUUCAAAUUUAUCUAGUUGAUUAGGUGAUAAAGUGGCUCAACGGGUGUCUGAUUACAACAUGCAAUUUAAGAAUGAUUCUGAGCUUCUCUUACUAAUUGACAGAUAAACCAACUGUUACAACCUUUACAACUGGGAAUCCUGACAAUAAUGCUGUGCAAGGAACAAGUGUAACUCUUACUUGCACUGCAAAUGGCUAUCCUGCUCCAACAUACACCAUCCAACGUACAACACCGUCAGGUACAACACCACUGGCUGGCACCUCAGGGGGAAGAUACACAAUUCCUAAUGUGCAGCUUACUGAGGAGGAUAACUCAUACAACUGUGUGCCAAGAAAUGCACUUGGAGAUGGGCCAUCAAAAUCAUUGAGAGUCAAAGUAAUAGGUGAGAAAUACAUGUAGUGCUCGCAAAACACACAACCACCAUGGAUAAGUGAAGUAAAACCACAGUUUUUUAGAAGGAAAAAAACAGUUUUCAGAAAUCAGAAUAAAUGCAAAAUUCCUGAUUUGUUCAAAAACAGUGGCACAUCAGAUUUCUGUAAAAUGUUAUGUCAAAAAGUGCCAAACUUGUGUCAGUGAAAAACAGGAAAAUGUAAAGGUUACUUGUGUAUAUCCAGGGUCUUCCUUGACAACACUCACUGUGUUAUGAAGUGAAAGCAAAAUGUUUACUAGGUCUGUACAAAAAGCGAAAGAUAAAUAGAAAGGUCAGGCUUCAGAAAUUUAGCCAGACUAUUCUGGGUAUAAUGUGUAGCAUUCUGUGAUUAUAUCCAUUGCCAAAUGAACACCCCAUGCACAUUUCCUUGGCAAUUGAUCUUUGUUUCCAGUAUAACUUAUGAAGUGAGGCCAUGAUUUAAUCUUGUGCAAAAUUAAUUUUUUUUUUCAAUUGAUCUCCCAUGUUAAAGCUGUUGUUCGCCUAAUUCCACAGCCAGAAAUAUAUGUAGCUUUGUAUUUAAAGUUCUUUUACUUUUUUUGUAUUACAAAUCUAUGAAGUGAGGCCAUGAUUUUAUCUUGUGCAAAACUAAUUUAAUUAACAUAUUUUGCCUGUCUUUAUUUUACAGUGCCACCAUCAUUCCAGAGUAAUUUGCCAAACAAACAAACAAAGACUGAAAAUGAAACAGUGAACUACGCAUGCACAGUUCAAGCCAAACCGUAUGCUCAAAUUGUUUGGAAGCUGGGUGAAAAAAAUUUGACUGGCACACCAUACAAUAUCACAACUGAAGUUGCACCAGUUCAAAAUUCUAAACUUUUGAGAACUCUUUCUUAUCUAACUAUUGAUAAAGUAACCUGGCAGCAGAAUGGGACUUUCUCUUGUGUGGCUUUCAACAGUGCUGGUCAGAGGAGGCAAACCACAGAUCUUGAAGUGCGCUGUAAGUAUUUUAUCAAAUGAAUAGGGAUUUUUGUCAGGAUAGCAACCAUCCUUUUUUCUCACAAGAUGAUGGAAAAUGCUGAGUUUGGUCUUUAUGCAAUGCCAUGUAUGGCCUCAGAACCCAAUUCUGACUCAGCAAUCUCUGCUACAAUCUCUUGCGCCUUAUUCAUAUAAUUGAGGGCAAUUAGCACAGUAAAAUCACUGUAUGUGUACAUUACAUGGUAGUGUUAAAUUAAAACUCUUAUAGACCGGUUGCAAAAUUGUUGAUUCUUCAAGGGUUGUUAGGAUAUGUUUUUUUAAUGUGAUUGACUUGUGAUCAUGUUGAUGUUCAACUGAGACACUGAUACUGUACUUUAUUUUCUUAAAUUAUUUAACAAUACCUUUUUUUAAUUAACAGCUUUGCUAUCACUCUGUGAAUUAUACUUUUAGAAGUCAGAGUAUUUCCCAAUUCUUUUAAAUACUGUUAGUACAUGCUCGCCCUUAUAGAAGUAGGUGACAUGUGCAAUGGCCUUACAGUCAACUCUCUGGAAUCUGCCUCAAAAGCUCCUGGCUUGAGCCUGACGUGGGUCACUAUGUUGUGUUCUUAGGCAGGACACUUUACUCUUGCAGAUCCUCUUUCUACCCAAGAGUAUAAAUGGGUAUCAGUGGGAACCCGAUGAAAUGCAGGGGGGGGAUCUUGAGUUGGAAUAGCAUCUCAAUUAGGGGGAGGGACAAUUUUGUGAGCUGCGUCAUGUUACAGAACUGGGAGAAGCUCUAACUAAAUGGGCCACAUGACUCAAUCACAUUCCAGGGUCUAACUUGUAAUGCUGGUAUUGACAGAGUGCUGAGUCCAAAUUUUAUGCCCCUGCUUUGUGUAGCUGUCUAAUUUUCGUUUGAAUUUGAAAGUGAUUUGUGCUAGAUUUGAUUAUUAUUUAUUGCUAAUUUAACUUGGGUCACUGAUGUAUGAAAGUAAGUAACCUCGGCAUUUUUCUUUGUGUAUCAGACCAUUGCAUCAAUUUACUUUUGAGAUAGAGUUUCAAUGAUGUUUUUUUAAAUCUUCAGAUCGACCAGUUGUUCAGUCUGAUGCUGAUCAUCCGAAAAACCUCACACUGUCUGAGGGACAAGAAGCAACCUUCUCUUGUAAAACCAUUGGCAAUCCGCCCACCCUUUCACAAAAGUGGCAGUUCAAUGGAGUGGACAUACCUGGAGAAAGUUGCAGUGCCUGCGUGACAACAACCUUCACAAAGGCUUCAGUGACUCAGGCUGAUGCAGGAUGGUAUUCCUGUGCUGGAACCAACUCUCUAGGAGAAGGACCUCCUGCCAGAGCACAAUUACUUAUUAAGCGUAUGUUAUAUUUAUUUUUUUCGAGUGCUUCUCAAUUGCGUGUUGCAAAACCUUAACCAUAGUAAUUUCAAUGGCCAAUCAGAAGUAAGGAAAAUACCUUUCACCCUUUAACUCCCAUGAGUGAUCAAGGCAGAAUGUCUCCUUACAAUAUCAAUACAAUAUCAAGCAGACAAAUGAUGAGAAUAGAGAAAAAUAUCAAUCAGGGAUGUUUUAGUUGAUCCAGUACCGAAUUCUCUCAACUAAGAUCAUAAGAAUUGCAUAGCAGACAGUAAGGAGAAUUACUAAUGAGAACUUUUAAUAAGAGUUCAUGGGUUGAGUGCCAAUAAGAACUAAAAAUAAUCAAACCGCCUAAAGCGCGGGAAAACGUGGGUGACCAAUUCGUGAUUGGUUUUGGUGUUGUAUCUGAUUGGUUCAGAGAGUGGUACGAGUUUUUUCUGUACCAAUCACAAAGCAAGUUAAAGCAAAAGCAAAGCAAUCUCUGAUUUGUUGCGCUCUUCAUGGAAAAUUGUUUUAAUAGCCUCAUCACUAGUGGUAAUUUUUUAUUUGUCACUUAUCUCUCUUAUUUUGUUGUUGUUUUACAAAAGAUCCACCGACAAUCACCUUCUAUCAAAGUGCAUUCACAGUUAAUGAAACAAACAAUGUUACAAUGAUAUGUCGUGCAAAGGGAGUGCCGCAGCCAACAAUUACCUGGACAAAGAUAGGAGGUGAUAAAUUAGAUUGCUCAGGUGAGCAGUGCACCAUACGCAACACUAGUGGCAAGAAUGAUGGAACCUACAGAUGUGUGGCUAGAAAUGAACUUGGCGAAGUUUCGGAAGGAAUCACGCUUAAUGUCCAGAGUAAGUUCUCGUACUCGUUAGAUGUUUUAAUAGUGUUUCCAUUUGAUCUUUGGCAGCAGUGGAUGUAUCAUUAAAUCCAGUUAACAGUGUCUUGUGUUUGAAACUAGGGAAUCCAAUUUCAGUGAAAUUGUUAGCCGACGAGCAGGUUUUCGUCAUUGGUUCUGCUGUGGGAGCCGGUUUUUCGCCUGCAAAUAAGUUUAAUGCUUUGGGCAACGCUAGCCGGUAACAGGCCUGUAAGUGGUUUGCCAGAUUCCUUGCAGACCGCUGGCCUUCUUACGUUGCUUUCGGCAAAGAAGCGAGUGUGCAGGCUAAAAUAUUGUUUGUCAAAAAACCCUCAAAGGUCGCAUAGUCGCGAAAAUUGAUUGUAAAUCACCAGAAAGCAGAAACAAUUGAUCAAUCAGAAAAAUGCUUUACACAGUUUGGAUAAACUAGAGAAUAACUUCUUUCUAACAGCACGUCCGAUCAUUGUCACAUCCACCCCUACAAGCACCCAAAUACCUGGUGAUGAAGGCGAGCAAGUCGAUUUAACUUGUAUCGUCAGCGGCAAACCUCCACCGUCGUUGUCAUGGAAACGUCAACUUAAUGGACAAGAUCUGAGCUCAUUGAGCGAUAAAGUGAAAAGUAUCACAAAGGAGAGAGACACCAGUGUAUUGAAGGUUACAGUCAGUGCAAUAGGGGAACAUUUCUAUUGCGUCGCUGUAAAUCUUCUGGGAAGUGACAACCAGCAAUACACCAUAAGGAAAAGAGGUCAGUAGGACUCUAAGCUUAACUUUUUUUUCUAAUUGUCUGUGUGAUCAUCAGAUUGUAGUCUCAAGAAGGAAAAAAAAAUUGGCGACUAUCAAUCUUUGAGGUUUGCGUAACGUUUCAUGGUGUGAUACCAGGAAAACUAGGAAGAAAUUGGCCGAAGUAUACAAAAUGUCUGUGUUUACAAAUGUGAAUCCCACCUUUAGAUUAUCAGCAGCAAGUAUUUUAAAAAAAAAAACAUAUCGUUAGUUAAUUUAAAAAAAAAAACUGUAAAAAAUUGAAAAAUUAAUUUGAGGAUCCUUAGAGGUCUUAGUCUGCAAGGGUCUUUGGCAGGUGUUAAACAAUCGUCGGACAUUGGUUAAGAUCCAGGGAGGUUUUUCACUAGAGUGUGAUGCAGCACUUUGAAGACAGCAAAUCACCACCCCAGCCAUCCAUCGCCAGUGAAGGAGAAUUUCAAGUGUAAACUAAGUGGGACUCUUGCUUACAAGCGGUCUAAUGAAUGGAUUUUCACCACCCUAAAAUAUCUUUUAAAACUGAAACAGAGUCACUUUCUUGGCAGGGAUUCCAGAUAAACCAAUUAAUGUGGACGUGAAGUCGUUUCAAGACCAAAAUUCGAAAACUGUAAGCGUUAAUGUGAGCUGGACACCUGGAUACAGUGGAGGAUAUGAUCAAGAGUUCACAAUCCAUUAUCGCGUCAAACAAAGCAACCGAGACUUUGUGGAACAGUUUGUUGGUCACCCAGAUAACAACAUGCACACUAUACCAGGACUUUACCCGGAAACAGUGUAUGAAUUCACCGUUCAAGCUUCUAAUAAACUUGGCCAAAGCCAACCGUCAGACCCAAAGGAGUAUAAAACAGCAGGUAACAAAAAAAAAUAUAUGAAAAAAGUAAAUCAUAGAAUGUUUGGCAAUGUUAUGAAAUAUUACGUGAUGGCAAUGACUGCUGUUCUUAUCGUUUUUCGUUUUUUCGUUUUUAGAGUCCCAGAUACCUCCGGACAGAGGAACUGGUAUGUUUGGAAAAUAUUUUAGCAUUAGCGAUUGUAAUCUGUGAAAUUGUACGUCUAAAGGUUUAAAAAUUUGGUCGUUUUAUGGCUAACUGUUGACGCCAUUGACACCUUCCUGCUACAGCUAGCAGGGAAACUUGGCUUGCAUGUAGACUAUUUACGCCUUCAUAGCUCAUAGUAGAAUUUUCCUUACCUUGCAGGGGGGGAGGGAGGAUAUAGCUACACGUCAGCUAAAUUAUCCUUCUUUUGUCCUUUCUUUCAGUCAAAGCUUUGAGAGCAUCAGACGACGCCUCUGUCAUACUGGUGGAAUGGACGAUAGCAGAUGAUCAAGUAACAAUUGCGACUCUUGAGAUUCAGCAGGGAGGAGAGGGCUCGUGGGAGCUUGUCAAGGGAGCCUUUCAGCUGAACAGAUCUGUAUCAGAGUUUAAAGUGAGCGAUCUGAAAGCUGACAGUUCAUACAGAUUUAGAAUGGAUAUGAGACGACCAGGGGAGUCUUCUCCGGCGUAUGUGUAUAGUGAUAUAGGUACGUGGUAUAAUUUGAUUAACGUGCGAGCAGGUCCUCAUUAUGAGAGCUGCAGAACGCGCGUUUCUCCGCCCUCGGGAAGACUGGAAACGAGUCGGGGAGAGGUAACACCAGCUCUGACUAGGAGGCUUCUUUUGAAUUUGAAGCCGGCUUAAAAUAUCAGUCAUGCCAGCCCGUAAAUCACAAUGUUCCUAUGGGUUCUGGAAAACCUGGAAAGUCCUUAAAUUUUAUUGUAACAUUUUCCAGGGCUAGAAAGUCUUGGAAAAAGACUGCAGAUCUUGGAAAGUCCUGGAAAUCUGCUUAACUCAGGCAGUAAAGUUUUUAGAAUUCACGUUGUAGGGAAUAUGUAAAGACCGUAAGGGUAAUUGAUUCGGAAAUCUUGGGAAUGAAAGAGAGAGAGAAAAAAUAAAUCUGAGUUCUGGAAAAGUCGUUGAAGUUUGUUGUUCAAAAAGGUACAAACCGUGAGUUACUCUUUGCGCCAGGAUUGCAUGCGAUUUACUAUACACGUUCUGUCCUCAAGGAAGAUUUUUUAUGCGUUUCAAUGUUUUUUUAGUUCCGGCUGGCCCUCUUCCAGGAGCAAGAAAUGAUGGUGAACCGUUAAAGGACUGGAUGAUUGCUGUUAUUGUUUUAGUUGCUGGUCUUCUUCUCCUGGCCAUUGUCGUCCUUGCAUUGUGUUGCUUUAAGCGUCGGAAGAAGGAACACGGGGGUAAGUAUAAGACUGUGUGGACAGUGGUUAUACAAGAAAAAAAAUUGGAUACAAGUGGGUAUUUUGAAUGGUAGGCGGGUAGUUUUGAGCGCCUGGAGGGCUUCCUCUUCCGAGGGAGAUCUGGGCUCCCUUGGGAAAUUUUGAAGGUUAAGACUGUUUCAGUGGUAUUUUCCUGCAUUAUAAGGUUUAUUCUAGUUUGUUACUUCGUAUUUCGUAAAUGUCAACCAAUUUGACGAGAAGUUACAAUUACCUUAAGCUCGCGGUAGAAUGACGCUUAUUAAAAGGCCACGAGCGGGUAGCCAAUGAUUAGAUGUACCCGCUACCCAGCUGUUAUUGCAACUCCUUAACAAGCUUUAUGUACGAAUUUUUAUCCAAAAGCAACUACACGGUCUGUUUGUGGCAUCAGAAGGUUUAUGGGACCACACUCUGUGAGGCUCCAUUUACAAGUUAUUUACUCUAAUAUUUUCAAGAACGUAUAUGAAACUCUCUAUUGAAAUGAUAAAAUGUAAUUUGAUUAAUUUUUCCUUUCUCUCUUUCUGUUGCAGCUAAUAAUGUUCCCAUGUCUCAAACUACAAAGUAAGAGGGCUCUUCCAAUAUUUAUGUAUUUGAAUAUUUGAUUGAUAAAUCUUAAAGUUUUUUUUCCGUCGGAGGAACGGUUGAUCAGUUCUAUUACACGCGUUUAAUUUUGCGACCGCACACGUGGUACUAUACGCACUUGAAACGCGUGUUAUUCCCACGCACGAAGUACACGCGCUUUACAGGUAUAUAGGUGCUGUAGUACACAUGGAGGAUGGAAUAAGCCCCUGAUGAGGGUUCGAAUCGCCGUCAGUUACUUUAGGCAGGCUGACAAAUGCUCUCCCUACAUUGAACUGAGCUCGUGAACCAGAUUUAUAUGAGGCGGGUGUUGUGUCUAUUGUUAGGAUCAGCUAUGUCCAUGAGCGUUCUGUGUCGAAAACGAUAUUGAAUUUGCUCUUUUGCAAGCUUUGAACAAAAGGCUUUGUUUAAUCAUAAAGUUUUAAAGCAAAACACACACAUACGUGCCUGAUUACUUAUACCGAAAAAGUUGACACAUGUUAGAACUGUUGUGGCAAUGUUCUCACGCCAAGUGUGUCAUCUUUACCUUACUCAGCUAUGUUGUGGGUGGCCCCGAUGUGACACGUGUCCUGGAAAACAGGCGUAGCUACGGUAUGGAGUCGGUGGAAGAUGAUCCGUUCCUCGCAGCUGCGUCAAUGCAGUCUGUGAACUCAACCGAGGCAAAAAAGAAAAAACCAGACUCCAGUCAGGGUGUAAACUUUGGAUACCUGUCACAAGGUAAAGGCUUCUAAUAGCUUGUGUGCUUUCGACUUUGUGUGCACAGAUGUGCAGCUAUUUUCUUUUUUCAUUCGCACAUAAGAAACAUAUUUACAGUAAACUGACGAUCAGUCCUUUCUGUUCGGCAAAGUCGGUCGCCAAAAAAAAAGGAAAAAAGUGAAAAGAACAUCCAUGAAAGAAAAAUUGAUGGAAAGAAAAUUGAUGGUAACGCGCUGUACCUUGUGCGACGAACUUCGCUGACUAUCCACAGCUAAGCUGCUUGGGAAAAGUACACGAUUCAUGCAACCAAACAACGAAAAAAAAGUUUAGAAUAAAAGUUCUUUUCUUCUGUUAGAUUCUGUUCGACAGCAGCCUGAACUGUUACUCAAUCCAGGCUCCCGCAUGGUGAGAAACGGCCGUUUGGCGCAAAGCACUGGUGAACUGGAUGCGAACUCAGCAUACUCGGCUAGGGGACCCCAGAGAGAUUUCAGCACACUGCCUCCGUACCAUGAACCACCUUCGUUUGAAGAGGCAAUGCGGCAGUCAGGAAGGAAACCCAAAACCAGGAAGUCAACAGGGGACCUCACAGGACCAGGGCAGGGAAGACAUUCAGGCCGCCGACCAAGACAAGCUCGACCAGCUGAUGAGCCCACAGACUCGAGUGAUGGAGAACAACGGUUUACGCCUCAGAGGUCUGCACCCCCUCCCCCGAGAGUAAGGUUAGUGCUUGAUUCAAGUCAAUUUUUUUUUUUUAGUUAUUCGUUGGAAUCGCAAAACGUGUUGAGUAAAUUUGUGUAUGUGGUUUUUCUUGGCGGAGGUAAAAAUUUGUCCUUUUUUUUUUUUUUGAAGCGUAGUUCUUCGUUAGGUUGACUUUAAAGUGCUCUGUAUUUUUCGGAACCAAAAGGAAUGAACAGGGAUGAAUUCAGGAAUUUUUUGUAGGGCUGGUCUAAACUUUGAUUCAGCGAAUACAGGAAUUUCUUUUCUUUACACCAGAGCCUAAAAAUGCCACACGAGACUAGAAAGUUUUAAAUACUUUAGGUUCGGUACGUAGUAAUAUACGGUCUUGUCAUUGUCUAAAGUUUGAUGUUAGAGAAUUGCUCAGGGUUUAGCUUAGGAUUAGGAUCCGUUAAAGGGUCUGGGUCUUAGGUGAACCGAUGUCGAUUGGUAAGGUUCUUUAUACUUGGUUAAGAAGCCGCAGAAAAUUUAUUUUAGGUAUAUGCCCUCACCUUUCAGAAUUAAUCAAUGAAAUGUUACCCCUUUUGUUCGUAAAAUAUUUUGCAUCAUUUUAAUUUUUGUUCUUUACUAUUUGAUUUGGUUUGGUCAACAGACAUGUAGAAUCCAUUGAAGAGCCAGGUUACGCCGCAGUGGACCGGGACGGACGUGUUAUGGGGCCGAGGGUGUUGCCAAUGGGGGCUAACCCGAGUGGUCGUCCUGCAAAUGGGCCCCUUGAUCCUACGGUGCCAUAUGCUUUGCCACAGAAGAGACCCAAACCUAAGAGACCUCGCCGUGAACCAAAUGAGCCAGCGAUUGGUAGGAGGUUUUUUUUAACACAAUAACAUGAUUAUCAAACUUAUCAGCUUGCGGAAUAACAAUAUCAGUAAAAAAAACUACCAAGUAUCGUGGGUUUACAGAAAUAUUAUUUCAAAAGUUUUGUGAGAAAGAAUCUGCUGAUUAACACUUAAACGUUUCGCAUGUGAUGAAUGUAUAAAUGACUCACCUUAAUUCAGUUGGGCGGAUAACUACUCUUUUGAUUGAAAAACAAACUUAUUGGGGGAAGCCUUUAACCAUGUUUCAUUAAUGUACUACAAUUCAAUUAACACGAAACGACUCUGUGAUUAUCAUUAAUAGUAAUUCGCUUAACUCUAAGGUUUAAUUUUUUCCACUUGCACUUCUGGGACAAAAAAAUUUCUUUAAAAUUGUAAUAGCCGUAAUAACAAUUUGCUCGCACGUUUCGCCACCUUAAAGUAGAGUGUAAGAUGCUAAACUAACGCUGUUAAAGUAAAUCGAAAAUUUUUGUUGACGAUUGGCACCUUCAUUGUAAAACUCGGGAAAAGCAUAUUACGUGAUACAGCUCCUUCGGAAUGUGACAUCAUCGGUCUAUCUUCAUGAAAUACCCGGACAGUUUCCGAGUGUUAUGAGCCAAUUAGAGAUUAGUGCCAGCUCUUCGAUGAUGGUACUUUUAAUCAGCGUAAUAUAACGUUUUAACACUCACUUAAACCUUUAGUAAAACUAUUUAAAAAUGUAAAAUUAAAUUUGAAAACAUGCUGUCGUUCAACAGAGAGGCUUCGCCCACCGCCACAGAUGUAUGGGCCUCCAUUCUGGAAAGACUCUUAUAAAGGAUGUUAGUACAAACUUAAAACAAUAACUUAACUUCUUAGUUACUUGUAUUUGAUAAGAUUCAUAAAUUCCUGAAAUCUUCAAGAAAAUGAAGGCAACUUAAUUCUUAAUUUUUUGUUUCAAGAUUUCUGGAAACUACGGGUUGACACACACCCAAAAAAAAAUUAAAUUGAUCUUUUUCGUUUUCGAGAUGAACUGUCAUUCGUGAUAAAGAUAUUUUUGCUUAUGACAGAAGUGUUUGCAUUAAUGUUCAAACCUUGGUUUCUAGCUUUUACCCAGGUAAAGAAAAUCGUGCCUUUGAAGAGUGAGCGAAGAGCAGCAUAGAAAAACUGCGACAAAAUUCUCGAACAUGAGUACUAAGUAUUUCUCGUCAGACUGCAUUCUUCGUUCAGUUCUGAACAGAUGGUCUUGCCCUUGCCUUCAUGUGAGCCAGUUUCAAGCACGCGCUGAAAGUAAUCUUGGAGUGCGUUUAGUUACAGUACUAGUCACAGCAGCGGAAACAUUUCCCUCUCCUUCCUGACAACAACUCAAUAUGAGGGGGGUGACAGGAUGUUUUGAAAAAGUUGAUGUGGGUUGUAAUUUUCAUUUUCCAGAGUGAGAUUCCAGAGUCUUACCUUCCCCACCCUCCUCAAUCAACAAGAUCUAAGACUGCUUCAGAUCACGAUUUGGUUGCUUGCGUUUGUCUCUUUUAAAGUGCUUUCACUUUAAGAUGUCACAGGGUCUUGCGAUGUUUUUCUUCGUUCUGAUUGGCCACUACUAUUGAAGGUAAUCGAAAUACGCUCUCAAGCUGAUAUAGUUUUCUUUUGUUCCAACCACACAGGGCCUCCCCCACAGUACACCCCUGAGGACAGAUCAUUCGAGGACCUCCCAGUGCAUGAUGGCGACGACUUAGAUUUGGAUGAUCCGUCCAAUCUUCCACCGAAUGAGGGGCCCCCAGACCUACCACCCCCUAUGGCUAUGUUGCCUAGCAACCGACCGAUUUCUAAUAAUUAUCAAAACUAUCCCGGUAAGGUUGUCGUCUCACAGCCGACUUUGAAUGAGUGGGAAUGGUACCGUGUAUUAUUUUAUAAGUAUUACAAAAUUGUUAUGAAUGAGAGAGAAUGAUACUGUGUAUUAUUUUAUAGCUAUUACAAAAUUGUUCUGAAUGAGUGGGAAUGAUACUGUGUAUUAUUUUAUAGGUAUUACAAAAUUGUUCUGAAUGAGUGGGAAUGAUACUGUGUAUUAUUUUAUAGGUAUUACAAAAUUGUUAUGACAUGGAUGAUAUCUUCCAAUACUGAUUUGAAUUAAAUAUGUAACUAACAGCAGCCAAGAAAACAAAAACAAAACAAAACAGUGCAGGAAAAUUUAGAUUGUAAAGUUAAAAAUGGAUUUAGAAUGUAACAUACAUAGCUUAUAGAUCUUGUGAAACUUUUCUCAAGUUUGUUUAAUAUUUUCCAUAUUUAACCCUUUGACCCCUGAAAGUGACCAGCCUUGUAAUAAUAAUAAUAAUAAUAAUAAUAAUAAUAAUAAUAAUAAUAAUAAUAACAAUAAUAAUAAUAAUAAUAAUAAUAACAAUAAUAAUAAUAAUAAUAAUCGCCACAGCGGUUUUCAGAGGGGCCCCUGGACCCUUGUCUCCAUUUGGAGAUAAACGUUGCACGAUGUAAAGCGUUUCAAUCUUGAAUUGACUCGUCAUCGUUCACUCGGCCUGUUAAUUUCUAUUUUUGUUAGUCAUGUGGUUGUUGUUGUUUUACUGCUUUGUUUCUUUCCUAAUGGUGUUUCUUUUUUUGAAUGUAGAUGAUGGCCUUCCAGAGCCGCCUAUGUUUUUACGCGACAUUGUUUAUCCACCAGACGGCCACGAUCCUCGCUAUGACUCGGACGGACCUGCGCCUUACCAUCCACCUUCUUCACCGGGACGACAGAGACAGGUACAUACCGGGAGGGUCUGUGCAGGGUGAUAUUCUGUAGUUCUUAAAAAAAAACAACAACAACAUCAACAACAAUUAACCAAGUUAUUUUAAAGAUCCUCUAAAACGAGAGUAUGAAAUGAUACCUCCACUACCCUUGAGUCUCAAGGGGUUUCUGCUUUGGUAAAACCGAACAUCGAUAGAUGUGGCCAGUGUGUGCAUUUCUAGGUUUUCACCUUAUUCAGGUCAUUUUCGAGCAGGUUAUUAAUUGAGUGUUGACUAAGCAAGUUGGAAUUGGUCAGUUUUUCAUUUGAUUAGUUGAGACGGCGGCUCGACUUUUUUUGGACAAAUCACAGAGCGAAGUAAGGCAAAACCAAAGCAAUGUAGGUUCACUUUCGAUACUCAAUCGAAAACUGCUCUCUUCGUGUGGUUAAGCGUGUGUUGUUUUGUUGCUUUAUUCUCUCAGGAACUCUGCUUUGCGUGACAAAUAAUGCAAUGGGAAUCUAAAGAAAAAAUAAAGCAAGAUCAGUUAUGAGACUCUGCUUCAUAGAAGGCAGAAAAUUCACUCUUCUCACAAACAUUUUACGAGAGUUUUCUAAUACUUCCGUUACUUUUUCUUCUAUGUUAUAGCCGUACAUCAAUAUUCAUGGACAACUCGUUAGGCCUCCGUCGCAGGACUCAGACGGUUUCCGGAGACCCGAAUCUUUACGAUCGUCACGAAACACACUCACCCCGGAGCCCGAACUACCUCCAAAUCAAUGGCAACCGCGGGGAUCUGAGCCCGAGGAAAAAGCACCUGAGAUAAAUUACGUCAGUUAUUUGGUUUGAUGAAAAUGGGGUCGUCAUUGAAUACGCGCACACCCUCAAGGACUUCUGAGAGUGGAUUACGAAGAAGCCAAAUAGCGAUAUUCGCGUUGUAUUUUCGACAAGAGAAGAUUACCAAUAUGUAAAAAUUUGCUACAGAAUUUUCAAUAAGGAAAGACUUUUCCGGUCGAGCGAGAAAUGAAACGCGCGCUCGUCGGUGAGUUCACCAAAGGUUGGUGCUUCUUGCUAAGUUGUUCACUUUAGAUAGAAAAUGAAUUACAUUGAGAAAAAAAAAAAGAAUAAGCCUGGUGGUAUAUGUGCGACUGACAAGAAGUGAAACAAACGUUCUCGUGAGUGAACCAUGUCGAAAAAAUAGGGCAUAGAAGUUCCAAAUCUUUUUUAACCUCGAAGGUUAUGCCUACACGAAACGAAGUAACGUUAACUUUGGUACAGUUUAAUUCUGUUGGCCGAAAGUAGUUAAAAACAGAAAGAUAGCCUGCGAUCAGGCCCCUAUUAUUAGUGCUGCAGGACACACGUUUCUCCUCCCGCGAGAAGAUUUGUGAUCACUCGGGGAGAGGUUUGCUGGGGGUCUGGUGCUGGCAGACUUUUUGCUGACUCGUGUAGCUCAAGACCUCAUAAUUUAACGCGGGCUCGUGCUAAAACGUCAAUAAUAAGGGCCCCACUUAUAGGAGCCUGCUCGCAGACUAACAUAAAGACGAUGGUACUUCACGUACGUUGAGAUAAAAUCCAAUGGUCGCCCAUUUGAAUCUCGUCCAUAGUCGAACAAGAGAGCCACGCAACUUAUUUAAAACUGGAAAAUUCAGUCAUCGUCAUCCAGGUUUCAUAAGUCUUCUUAGUUUGCUAGAUAUGUUAAUGUAAAUACAUUUUAAGAAUUCCUUGGCUGUUUCCGUUAACCAGUUAGGUCAAUGUUUCGCCUAUCAAAUGUAGAUUUUACUUAAAGCAGUGCAUCUUUUAUAGGUAGUUAACAUUGUCACAUUUGUUCGUUCAUGUGCUCGCUGUUGAAUUCAGCGUUACGCAUAGUUUCAGUUCCAGGGUACUCCUGUCAGUAAUAACGGAGUCUGGGAACUGGACCAGUCUAAGACUCGUGUAUCUAGUGACAAAAAUUAUGGAGAAACUAGUUUCAGCUUUUGAAUUAUUUUGUAAAACAUGCGAAACAAAUAAAAGCUAAGUUUGGUUUAAUGGGUUUGUGAAUGGUUUUGUAGUAAAGCUAGCCCUCUAAUUCAAUAGUGUAG